CACACAAGUCUUUGACUUUAUCCUCUCUUUAUUAUCUCUUCUCUGUUUUGAGACUUCCAAUGCGAGAAAAUGCAUGCGAUUGAUUUCAAAGAGAUUCAAGAAAAGCUCUCUGAUAGUUUCCGGCCAUGGCAAAGGUCUUUUCAGUUCUGGUCUCGUGCCUCUGAUAUCUACACCGGAUACAAGGUAUUUCAACUUAGAGUGAGCUUCGUCAAGGAUGUUCAGAAGCAAGAGGAAAUGUGGGAGACUCAGCAUGAACUUGCUGCUCACAAAAUUUACAAUAUGUGCUCUGACCUUGGUGGUUUCUUCCUUAAGGUUGCACAAAUUCUAGGGAAACCUGAUCUGGCACCAGCUGCUUGGGUUAGGAAACUUGUCACUUUGUGUGAUCAAGCUCCUUCUACACCAUUCGACUCAAUUCGACUUGUCCUAGAGAAAGAGUUAGGUAAUAGCAUUGAUGAAGUGUUUGAAACUUUUGAUGAUAAGCCUCUUGGGUCUGCUUCUAUUGCUCAGGUUCAUCGUGCAAGAGUAAAGGGAGACAAGAGGGAUGUUGUUGUAAAGGUUCAACAUCCUGGCGUUGAGAAACUGAUGAUGACAGACAUACGAAACUUGCAAAUAUUUGCAUUAUACCUGCAGAAAACAGAUGUCAAAUUUGACAUGUUCUCCAUAACAAAGGAAAUGGAGAAGCAGAUUGGGUAUGAAUUUGACUUCAAAAGGGAGGCCAAUGCAAUGGAAAAGAUCCGUCGUUUUCUUUAUGAUAACAAUAGAAAGAGUCCUGUUCUCGUUCCCAGGGUGUUGCCACAUUUGGUGACAAGGAGGGUUCUGGUGAUGGAUUACAUUGACGGAAUCCCAAUCUUGAGACUCGGUGAUGAAAUGGCCAAAAGAGGGAUAAAUCCUCGUGGUAAGGUGGCAGAGGCAGCAAAACUAAAUAUACUUAGCAGUUUGUCUAAAGCAUAUGGCCAAAUGAUACUGAAGAGUGGUUUCUUUCAUGCUGAUCCACAUCCUGGGAACAUCUUGAUUUGUAAAGGUUCAGAGGUUGCACUGCUGGAUUAUGGUCAAGUGAAGGAACUACCUGACCACCUGAGACUUGGUUAUGCAAAUUUGGUCAUUGCCAUCGCUGAUAACAAUGCCUCAUUGGCAUCACAGAGCUUUAGGGAACUUGGUAUAGUUACAUUUGCCAAGUGUGAAAAUGAGCAGCAAGAACUUCUCCAGUUAGCAAAAACAAUGUUCGAUACAAAGAUGCCUCCCGGUGUAGCAGUUCUGCAACCUUUCUCAGAAGACUCUUCCAUCAAAAAGAUAUCCGUUGAGAGGAACUAUUCUCUGUUCUUCGCACGGUGAUUCUGUUAAGAGGACUCAGCGUAGGGAUUGGGCUAAACUACUCGUGUGCUCAACAGUGGAAGCCUAUUGCAGAAGAGGCUUUGCUUGCAUCUGGAAGACUCUCACCAGGUAGAAAGCAGAAGCAUAGAUUUAGGUCUUUGAGGAGGCUAUACUCAAGAGAUUAAGAAAACAAACACAGAACAUAAUUUAAUCUUUUUUUUUCUCUGGCAAAUGAUACAAUCAAAGCAGCAAGUUGUCUACACACGCAAAUAUCCAGUGACCCAAAAAAACUAUUCAACUGUCAGUUUCACAUUCAAUUAUGA